AUGCCUUCCUUCUUCAAGGCCCUCAAGGCGCUCCAGGCCAGAUUCACGACCUCGACCACCCAGCCCGAGACUGCGUCCUGUCCCAGCACGGAGUCACCUCAUCCCGCCCUAUCCAACACGCCAACGCUCAUCCACCGCCUCUCGCACAAGAAAGAGCCGUCCGUCUCCGUCAGCUCGUCCCUCGGCCCCGUUAUUCUCGCAGAUUCCCCCGCUUCUGCUGUUACCGCGUCCUCGCUGGAGAAGCUCGUCACUGUCAGCAGCAGCAAGUCCGCCGUUCACAAGUCUGCAGACCGCGUGAAGCUGUCCUCGUUCAUUGUCCCCCGCCCGUGCGUGCCCCUCGUCCCGGUCACGCAGUGCGUUGCUGUCGGCACCCUGCCAGAGAAGCCAGAGUGCAUGAAGGUGUCGAUAGCGGAGAAGAUCAUGGAGAAGACUGUAAGUCCCGUGAAGGAACCCGCGUCGACGAAAGUGCGCAAAGAGACAAGGCAGGCUGGGGAGGACGAUCCCUUUGCGCAGGCCGACGAGGAGGUUCGCGCUCUCGAGGCCGUCGUUGACGAGGGCAAGGCGAGUCACGAAGAGUGGAGCUUGAAGAUGAGGGAGCUUUCGAGCCAGCCUCUGGACGCAUUCGAGGAUGACGAGGAUCGCGUCACGAGUCACGUUGACGCAGCCCGGACGGCCUGGAAGGUUGUCCAGGAACGGAGCUGCUCACCGGCGGGCUGCUCUGAUUACUCGAUGGACGCGACGGAAGUAUCGUUCUCAAGCACUGUGACUGUAUGCGUUUCUCCGAUCCCGGUUCUCAAGUGUUAUGGUGAAGAGGGGAAACCUCUUUGGGAUCAAGGGCAAGGUGUCUGGUUGACACCUCCGGCAACGACUUGA